AUGGCCAAUAAGUCUGAGAUAGAUGUUUCUGCAGCAGAUUCGCCUGGCGAGUCAUAUGACUCGAUAACCGGACCCGUGAAAGACGCCUUCAAGUUAUACAAGAAGGCUAUUCUAUGGUACGGUACAGCUGGUAUAGAUGGCACGAAGGUAAUCUCAGCGGCUUGGCAAUCCGGUAUAAGUUGUGGAAUGCUGGCUGGUUGUAUCGUCGGUCUUACUCUGAACAGCAUGCUUGCUGAGCGACUUGGGUACAAAAUAACACUCAUUGGGUCUUUGGUUUUGACCUGUGGGGCGCGAUUCUCAUUGGAAUUCCUCUGGUCUGCCUACUCCUACCCCAAUAUCCCCUCGUUUUAUCAAGCUAACUCGACACAUAGGGGCGUCUUCCAAACUCUUCCCCUCACCCAUAUUGCGGAGGUCCUUCCUCUUUGUCUGCGUGGAUAUAUGACAACCAGCAUUGACCUCUGUAUGGUGACGGGGCAACUGAUAGCCGCGGCAGUCGUUCGUGCCUUUUCUACUCGGACAGAUGAAUGGUCUUAUCGAUUGCCAUUGGGUCUGCAAUGGGCGUGGCCACUACCAAUCAUCAUAUUUACUUUUUUCGUACCUGAAUCCCCUUGGUGGUUGGUGCGCCGUGGGCGUGUGGAAGACGCUAAGAAAUCACUUAGUCGAUUGACAUCCCCGACCUGUGGUAUUCCAAUUGAUACUGAUCGGGAAAUCUCGAUUAUUCAAGCCACUAAUGAACAAGAAAUAUUCCUGUCCCAUGGUGCUGGCCUGACAGACUGCUUCAAAAGAGUCAAUAUUCGUCGGACUGAAAUCGUCAUAGUUGCUUGGAUGAUCCAGACACUUUGUGGAUUCGGCCUGGUUUCUUACGCAGUGGUAUUCUGGCCUGAGUCAAACCAAUAG